CCCAGUCCCCACCCCUUACUGUCCCAAGUAGCCACCCUCAGAGCAGCGCUCGUGCCCGUCUGCUGGAUGUGAAAACCGCGGCCCUCGUGGACACAGAGGCGGACUCACCGGACAGCACCCACGUGGAGAUACCGGGAUAUAGAAAAAUAGUGUACACACUGACACACCUAGUGAUUCGAACACAAAACUGGAGGGGCCUCAAAACCCCGGAGAAAAGAUCACACCUCCUUCGCAACCUCAAGCAGCAACAUGUAUCAGUCGCCCAUCUACAGGAAACAUACCUCAGACCAGAAACUAACAAGUUGCUACGGGACAACAGCUACCAAACAAAUGUUUAUAGCAAUCACCCAUCGGCCCACAAAGCAGGGACGGCGAUAUUAUUGGCAUCUCACUUACAAUUCACCCUUAUGGACAAGAUGGAAGACACAGGGGGUAGAUUUCUCUUCAUUAAAGGAGAGAUUGCGCGGAAAAUAUACACGUUUGCUACAGUCUACGCUCCAAACAGUGGCCAAGCCAGCUUCCUUAGGAGAACAAUAGCGAGGCUAUCUCGAUUCACGGAAGGAGCCCUCCUAUUUGGAGGGGACCUCAAUGUACCCCUGGAACCUCGAAAAGAUACCCAGACGCCGCAGACAUAA